GUUUUACUUUAAACCAAGUUAGUACGCUACUGAUGCGAAGCUAGCCUUCCCCGUCGUAUUUAAAUGUAGUUUGAUAACAGUGUUUUAUACAGAGGUGUUUUUAGAGUUGAAAUGGAAGACAGCGGAAUAGUGGUUUGUCUGCUGGAAAUUGAAGCCUGGUAGCCGGAUAGUCAUCUUUUUGUGAGCCGUCGGCCUUCGGAGGUUAGCUGACUUUAGCGUUAGCUUGCUACAGGCUAACUGUUAGCUGCGGCCGGCUGAUGCCUCUCUGACAAUGUUGAUGUGUUCCUGUGAGAAAGUGGAUUUUAACAUCACCUCCCGCACUGUGGCUCGGCUGGUUUUCGAGGCCGAACAAGAUAACAGAAACGGAGGAAACUCGUCCAAUGGGAGCACGGCCAGUAACUCUCCACGCAGCACCCCCGGCAGCUCCCCCUCUCUGCGGCGCAGGGUCCUGGGGGGAGGCAGGGCCAGCGAGGGCGAGGCUGGAGGAGACAAGAGCAGUGGAGGUGGAGGAGGUGCAGACAGCCCACUGCCCUCCAUACCCUCCGCCUCCUCCCUCACAUCCGCCUACCCACUUGCCUCUCGCCACUUCAGCCGCAAUGCCAAG